AUGCCUCCGGUUCGCGGCGGAAUGCCGGUGCCGAUCCGCGGGAACCCCAUCGCUUGGGAUUUGGCGGUCACGCUCCCGAAGUAAGAGCCUUUGUUGCUCGAGAGAUUCAAACUUUUAUAUCUUUCAGUUAUGUCGAAAGAAUAAGGUCGGCAGAAUUAAUAUUCAGCCGGCUCACUGGCCACAUUUACGUUGUCGCGCAAUGGAUGCCUUUUGUGAGAAACAUAGCCGGACGUGUCCGGUACAACCGGAAUUUUAUGUUGGUUGAAGCAUACGAAGUAAACCACGGGGUCGAAUUAAGACCUGAAGACCCCGUGGUUUACUUUGGCAACGAAGCUUUGCCAACAAGAUUUUUGGUCGUCGUGGUAAGGAAAUUUUUCCGUUUGGUGUUGUGAUGUUGAACUUUCAGCUUGCGCAAGACGACCUCUGA